AUUCAGGUUAAAGGUUGAGGAUGAGCAACUACCGUUAUCAGGGCGCUGGCAUCGGGGGCGUCGGCGUGGCCUUGGGGCAUGGCUACAGCGGCAUCGAGGUGCACGAGGUGAUGCAUCCGCACCACUUCACCUACGUGAGCCAGUGCGUCAAGUACAUGAUCUUCCUGCUGAACUUCGUGUUCUGGCUAUUCAGCGGCCUGCUCCUCGGCAUUGGCGUCUACGCCUUCAAGGACAAGUGGGAGGAGGCCAACGGGUCGGUGCGGCUGGAGAACUUCUACGAUGUCUUCCUCAACAUCUCACUGGUGAUGAUACUGGCCGGCAUGGUCAUCUUUCUGGUCAGCUUCUCUGGCUGUUUGGGCGCUUUGCGCGAGAACACCUUCCUGUUGAAGUUCUACUCCAUGUGCUUGCUGCUCUUCUUCUUGCUGGAGAUGGCCAUCGCCAUCAUCUGCUUCGUUUGUCCGCAGUACAUGAACACCUUCCUGGAGAAGCAGUUCACGGACAAGAUCAUCCACUCGUACCGCGACGAUCCCGACCUGCAGAACUUCAUUGACUUUGCCCAGCAGGAGUUCAAGUGCUGUGGCCUCAGCAAUUCGGGCUACCAGGACUGGAGCAAAAACGAGUACUUCAACUGCAGCUCGCCGUCGGUGGAGAAGUGUGGAGUGCCCUACAGUUGCUGCAUCAAUGCCACCGAUAUAUCCUCCGGUCUGGUGAACAUCAUGUGCGGCUACGGCGUCCAAGAGGCGCCCGUUCCGGAGGCCAGGAAACGCAUCUGGACCAGCGGCUGCAUAGAGAUCGUGAGAGUUUGGGCCGAGCACAAUCUGUAUGUGAUUGCCGGCAAUGCCCUGGGCAUCGCCCUCAUCCAGCUGCUGGUCAUCUACCUGGCCAAGACGCUGGAGGGACAAAUCGAGCUGCAAAAGUCGCGUUGGCUGGCGUGAGAUCCAGGACAGCCCGACUUCUACGGGCCCUACAACCACUCCUGAACAAUGUACUCUCAGAAUCGCCUGGUUUGUACAUCACUCAUGUGCGGACGGACUGCCAGCAAUGAAAAGUCAGUGAACGUUAUGGAACUGAAGUCCAGUAGUAAGCAGAAUAUUAUAAAUAUGUAGACGUAAGCUCCAAUAGGUAUAUGAUAGUCGUAAUGUAAGUGAGUAUUUUCCAAUUCCCCUUACUUACUUAUGAAUUUUUCAAGGUGCAAUAUUAUCCUUUUUUAUAUGCUUUUUUAAAAGCCUAAAGCACAAUUUAAAUGCUUCAUUUCCUAUUGCCUCACAUGUUUUGAUGCCAGAUUACUCAUUCCCCAACUUUUGUUGCAAUCGACUGAGUGGCUGUAUAUACUCGUACUUGUAAACCCAUCUUAAAACAUAUAAUUAUUCUAAUCUCAAGCGCCAUAUGUAUUAUGCUAGUGAAUAACUUGCUAAAUCCGGAUGCAUUUAUUUAUGUGUACGUACUUUCCAGGGAAACGCAACCCACAAGGCGCACAAAUCUUGAAUAUCUAUUAAUCGAACAUUUUCUGAAUGUAUUAU